AUGGAUACUGCGUUCCGACUUUUCAAAUUUUUUACCGGAAGAGCUUCCAAUGCGAAUGCACGGCGGCCUACUAACCCCAACGAAUAUGCCUCGUCGCGGGGACCAUUCCGCCCAACCUACUAUCGGUUUCCAAUCCGAAAACCAUUGACAGAUGUGGAGGCCCAAAAGAUGUAUAAUCACAUUCGGACCGUGGCAUGGUGGCUAGAUGCACUUCCAUUUCUGACCAACGCAGGUUUACCAUUCAAGGUCGGUGUGGACGACAUUAUCAGUGCAUUUCCCGUCUGGGGUGACAUUGUCGGAACCGUACUCUCACUGUAUCAAGUAUAUCUUAGUUGGGUAUUUGGUGUACCUAUGGCUAUUUUUGUGCGAAUGAUAGUAAACGUGGUCAUUGACUUGUUUAUUGGAAUCGUACCGUUUUUCGGAGAUGCACUUGACGUGCUUUUCAAAGCCAAUCUUCGUAAUCUCGACCUUCUUGAAGACUGGCUACUCAAGGAUGCACCCUAUAGAAUCGCAUUGAUGCCCAAUAGAGAGUUUCUUCCUCGUAAGACGGCCGCUGGAGUACCCAAAAAUGACGCACGAAACAAAUAUCGCAACAGGUCCAAAACAACACGUAUGGAUGAUAGAUACGCCCCUCCAGAUCUCGAUUAG